CUUUGUUUUUCCACUGGAUCUUUUUUUUGUUGUGGUGGGGAUAUUAAAAAAGUACACCAGAGCACCGUUUGCUGCACAGUUCACAGAGUCACUGCAGCCAUUGCAUCCCUACAUUGCUAUGCCAACGGGGUAUCUGCACUUCUCUUUUCACUAAAACUGGAAUCCCAGGAGUUGUUGGUGCACAUACUGUAUUCCCAUUCGCUUUCACAGGCAAAGGAAAGAUCCCAUUUACAUCAACAGACGUGGGUAUACUUCGAUUGUCAGAUGGUAUGUGACCAUAACCUGAGCUUUCUCAACCUCAUAGAAGGAUGGGCUGGCAGUUCACGUGAUGCUCGGAUUUUUGACAGCAGUCGUCUGAAAUCAGAUUUUGAGGAAGGAUUGUAUUGUGGACUUCUCGUGAGUGACCGUGGUUAUCCUUUAUGACAGUAUUUUCUAACACCUGUGCACAAUCCUACAGCAUUACAAGAGCUGCGCAGUAACAGGAGUCAUAAAAAUGCAAGAAACCACAUUGAACGAGCUUUGGGAAUUUUAAAACGACGCUUUGCUUGUCUGUCAUUUGGUUUGCGUACCAGUCCAUCAAGAGCCAGCACCAUCAUGGUAGCAUGUGCAGCCCUACACAACCUUGCGAUUGACUGGGAAGAGCCGCCUCUUCCAUCUCCAAGGCAUCCAGCACACUCUGGCUGUUUCAACACAGUCAUUACUGGACCAUAGCCACAGAGAAGAGACAGUGUUCCGAAGAUCUAUCAUAAAUAAUCACUUUUAAGAUGCCGAGUUUUUUUAUUUAACGUAUGCUUGCAUUUGCCUACAGAUAUUAUUCUCUGCACCACCCAUUUCCUCAUUAUCCCUGCUUUCCUCUGACAACCACAAAUAUGGAGACCCAUCACAAUACAAUAUUGAACAAAUCUAUUCAGUUGACUCCCAGAUUUUAUAGAACACAUUAAAGGCUCACGCUCCAUUUAUAACUAUUUGCUUAAGUGCUGUUCUCUUCCCUCCCUAGGAUAUCAUAGUGAUGAUAUUAUUUCCACUAUAUUUGGGUGCCUUCUAAUACGAUCCAGCGUUAUUCCAAGUACGGUACUAAGUUCCUUAAAUCAUUUGAAGAGGUUUGAGGUUUAAGUUAGUCAGCUACUUUAGUCACCUCUAGAGGGAAGCAGCUGUUACUUUGUGUUUGUUGCAAUUGAGAAAAGGUUUAGUACGGUGGUACAGACUAAGCAAAGUGGCAAAGUUCUCUGCAAUUGGUCUUAAGGUGGAGCAUAAGUUUAGACCGCAGCUGCGUACUAAGCACGGGUUGAACUCCUGUUAGUAUGCUACUUUCAGUUUCGUUGCAAUUGACCCUAAGGCUCUAGAGCUUAAGAAAGGGACUUGUCUAAUAAUUGGGGAUAUGCUAACUUAUGGAAUCCACAGGAUAGAGACAUAUCUCAUUAUUUAGUGGUGCCACAGUUUGGAAUACGGAAAAAAGUCUCCAUUCAUUUAUUCUGAUCAUUAGAUUUUGUAAGAUAUUACCUUUUUUCCCCCUGUAAAAUGUAUCUGUUCUGGGUGUUGUUCUGUUUUUCUUGUAAUCCUGAAGUGUAAUGUUGUGUAUCAGUACAAUCUAUU